ACUCGAAUUCUCGUUGUGCGCAGUGUUGGCGACACCACCGGGAGCGCUGCGCAUUUUCCGUCGCUCCGAGAAGACGACCACAGCAGCCAGGGCGGCGUUUCCCAUCCGAACCGCAGCCCUUGUGUCUGGCAGCCGAAGAAGACAUUGCGGGUUCUUCUCUUAUUUUGAAAGCCUUUUUAAUCUAAUGCAGGAAAGGGAGUCAGAUUUGAUGCCUCGGCUCACGACGCGCUGAUUCCUUUCAUCAUCCAAAUAUUUAUAUAUUUUUUAAGGAUCUAGGAGGCUUCGGUCGGGUAGGUUUUUUAGGGGGGGCAAUUUUUACUCCUUGUGAGGGACAAAACGGCCGUUAUUGCCACCGAGUGUUACAUAACCGAGUUGCUUUAGCUGUCCAAGGUGCUGAACUGAACGCUAGAAGAAGCCUACAACAGGCCCAUCUGUGGGGAAUACACAACCUUUGCAAGGUCACAGGCCUAUUAACCGGGAGGAAGGCGAGAGCCCAAAAGACGGACCAGCAGAAGCCGCCGGAUCUUUUUCCAUUUUUUCUAUUUUUGUUUUUAUUUUUGCUCCGCGGUGAAACAAAUUGCUGAGGGUUUCUGUGCAGCAUCGAGAAAAUGUCGGGGCAAACGCUCACUGAUCGCAUUGCCGCUGCGCAAUACCAGCUAACGGGAUCGGAUAUGGCCAGGGCUGUAUGCAAAGCCACCACUCAUGAAGUGAUGGCGCCCAAGAAAAAGCACCUGGAGUAUCUAGUAUCAGCCACCAAUACCACCAAUGUGAACAUCCCUCAGAUGGCUGACACACUGUUUGAGCGCUCCACCAAUGCCAGCUGGGUGGUCGUCUUCAAGGCGCUCGUCACCACUCACCAUUUGUGUGUCCAUGGCAACGAGAGGUUUAUUCAGUACUUGGCUUCAAGGACCUCCCUGUUCAACCUCAGCAACUUCAUUGACAAAACUGGCUCCCAUGGCUAUGACAUGUCCACAUUCAUUCGGCGGUAUGGACGAUACUUGAAUGAGAAAGCCUUCGCUUACCGCCAAAUGGCUUUUGACUUCACCAGAGUCAAGAAAGGAGCUGAAGGAGUGAUGAGAACCAUGACGACUGAGAAGCUCCUGAAGGGCAUGCCUGUGCUGCAGACCCAGAUUGACACGCUCCUGGAGUUUGAUGUUCAUCCAAAGGAGCUGAACAACGGGAUCAUCAAUGCUGCUUUCUUGCUUCUCUUCAAGGAUCUGGUCAAACUGUUUGCAUCCUACAACGAUGGGAUCAUCAACCUUUUAGAGAAAUUCUUUAAGAUGAAAAAAAGUGAAUGUAAGGAAGCCUUGGAGAUUUACAAGAGGUUCUUGACCAGGGUGACCAAAAUUGGAGAGUUUAUGAAGCUGGCUGAGACAGUUGGUGUUGAGAAAAAUGACAUUCCAGACAUCAACUAUGCUCCCAGCAGUAUCCUGGAGUCUCUGGAAACACACAUGAACGGUCUUGAAGAUGUAAAAGGUGGAAAAAAGGGGUCCCCAACAAAGGGUUCUCCAACGAACAAUGUGUCUCCCACCUCAACUCCUGCCAAAUCUUCAAACGCUGUUCCCACACUGCAGCCUCCUCCUGGGGACAGUGCAGCCGGUGCUGCUGCAGCUCCCGAACCAGCGGAGGACUCUCUGUUGGACUUGGAUCCACUGUCCUCCACUGGUCCUUCCGCAGCAUCAGCUGCUCCAACAUCUUGGGGGGAUCUUCUUGGAUCAGAAAUGGGCGAUUCCAUGUUAUCCGAACCCGCCCUCACCGCAGAGCCCACCCCUUCCUCCACCGCAGCAGCAGCACCCGCUCCAGCAGCGGCAGAACCCGGAGUUACCCUAGCUCCUCCUACUAGCUCAACAGCUGCCACUUCCCCCGGUACCGCCAAUAUGGAUCUGUUGGGAGAAGCCUUUGCCACAUCUGCUUCUACCACUGAAGCCCCUGCUGCAACCGCAGAGGGCGGUGCUGCCGCUACGUCUGCCCCAGCCACAAACGCUGGAACUGACCCCUUUGCCCCUUCGGACGGUAGUGCCAAUGCCGUAUCUUCAGGUCUAGAUCUUUUCAGCAUGAUGACAGAAGAGAAUAACAGUUCGCUGGAUGCCUGUUUUAACUCUGCUGCACCCCAGUCCUCCCCUUCCCCUUCCUCUUCUCCGCUCUUCACCUCCUCAUCCAGCAUCAUCGUCACCACUGCGACCAUUUCAGCCACAAACACCUCCAACCCUGUGACUGACCUUUUCAGCGCGGAUGUGUUCAACUCCCCUGCCCCCAACCUUUCUUCAGCACCCCCACCUAAAAUUGACACAGGAGCCAUCCUGAGCUUGUUUGGUGACUCCACAGGAGGAGAUGCCUCGGCGGCUGCUCCUGCUGCUGCUCCUGCAGCCCCUGGUGCUGAGCUGAUGUCAGUAUUUGAUGGCCUAGGGGAUGUAAUGAAGCCUACUGUGAUCCCCCAGGUGGGGGAUGUUGACACCUCCAUGGCUAACAUGGCAAGUAAUCUCACAAUGGGAACCCCAGCGGCCCCUCAGGUAGCUCCCCCUAGUUGGGGUGCUCCCAUGGCGGGCGCACCAGCUGCCGGAGCACCUAUGAUGCCCAUGGGCAGGCAAGGCUUCCCUGCCACUGGAGGGACUCCAGGAGCACAGAUGUCUCCAGGAAUGGCCCAGAGCCCCAGGAAGCCUGCACCUCCCCGGAAUGCUCUGGAUGACCUUAACAUUAAGGAUUUCAUGUAGAUUCUCUAAACCUUAAAUUCCAAGGUUUGUCAUUGUGUCGGAAAUUCUGUGGAUGUGGAUGUCUGCACUCUUCAUGCCCCGUCCCAGCCAACCAGCUAUCAUCUCUUCAGCCAUUGCGUCCAACCUCCCACCAGCCUCUUUCCCCCCAAAAAAACAAAAAACUGCAGCCCUUCUUAUCUUAUCUAAUGUUGUAGCACAACUGUGAAUGUGAACCGUAGAUUAAGAAACCCAGAAUUCUGUUUGUGUGUGUGUGUGUGUGAGUGAGUGUGUGUGUGUGUGUAUAAUUCAGUGUUUACCUUUACACAAAAUACACAAAAAGAAAAAAAAGAAAAGUUAACGUGCAUUUAGAUUUAUGCUGGCUUUCGGUAUAUCAAUGGACUCAGAUUGGUGGACAUAUGCUGGUCUCUUUGUGCAUUUUCCAGACAAGGGACAUGUGUUGUUUAGAUGUGGACUUUGUUAGGUGUAACUUCACUGGUCAACCCUGCACCUUUACCCCUAAAUGUUAAGACAUUGAGCUAUGUUUAAUGUCUCGUUUGAACUGGUAUCUGCUUGGCCGCUCAUUCUCCCACCAGUCCACUUUAAGUUCCUGGAAUCAAAGCGAAAGCUCUGUGAAUCUGGACGUAUCAUCAAGCACAUCAAAUAGGUUCUUUUUGUUUUCAGGUAUUUUGUUUUUAGUGACUGUUUUAAACAUGCAAAAAAUUUGUGAACUGUGUUCAAAUUGAGAUAUGCAUUGUAGAUUAUUUGAAAUGACAGAUUACACAUAUUUUCGUCAAUACUUCUUUUAAUAAAAAUGUAUCAUAUAUUUUUAGUUACUUUAAAUAACAAGGGAAAAGGCAAGUAGACCGUUAGUUCCCUUCUUUCUUUGUACAUCUUCCCUAUAUUUUGAGGUUGUAAUCAAUUGGGGUACUGCCCAGAUUACGUUCUCCUGCGCUCCUUGCUGGUUUGGAGUUGUACUUCCUCAUAGCAUGCAACACAGGUCAAUUUAAGAGAUGUAUUUUAUUACUCUCUCGGAGCUCUUUUCCUCGUCUUUGGUCUCUCCACAGGAAGAGUAAUUGUGAGGCUCUUGGGAACAUGUUCGUGGCUGGAAUUGGGCCUGAGCUCUUUGGGUCUUUUCGAACACAGCAGCCCUCAGUGCACGAACUUGUGCGGUGCUGUUGCUUUUGAGACUCGUUGUAAAGCACUCAAGUAUUUGCUGGAUGUUUCUGUUGUAUUUAUUUUAAAAAGUGACUGUAUCUUAAUCCAUUGUGGCAUUACCAAUGUGUUGAAAGAAAAAUAAAGAUGAGUAUUAAACAUAAAAAGUGAAAAUGUGGAUAAGUAAAGGCUGUCAGCUUUUCUUUUAAAAGUAUGUUUUGUCAAAUUUAUUGUUCACAUAAACCUUUUUGUUUCAAUUGCAUGGGGUUCAAAAUGAUAUGCAAUAAAAGAAAAACUAUA